AUGAGCAACAGAUUAGAAGAACCAGAAGCAGAACAAGUUGUAAUCCACUUAGCUGAUCAUAAUGAUAAUAAGAAAGGUAUUCAUCGAGGUGAUGGGAAAGAUUGGUUGUAUGAGAAAUUAUCGGAAAAGAUGAAGAGAUCAUGUAAGGGAUUUUCUGGAAAGUUUCAAUUGAUCAAAUCGAUCAAGUUGGAUGGUCUUCUCUAUAAUCCUGUCUAUCCUUGUGGUGUUGCCUUCGAUGAUAAGAAUGGAGUGUUGGUUAUUUCUGAUGGUAGCAAUAAGAGAAUUGAAUGUUUUGAAUGUGAUCAAUGCAUUGAUAUUGCUGAGGAAUUACAUCUUGCACAUUUGGGAGGAUUUCCUUUGAAGGAUAUUCCAUCUCAAAUAUUGAUUGAAAACAAGGGAAUUGUGAAUGAGGCAACUGGUCAAAUUGAUAAUGCAUUGAUUGUUUGUGAGGAUAAGCGAAUUCUUAAAUUGAACAUGAGUGAGAUUGUUCAAAAACUGAACGAGAAGGAGAGCUUGGAUAAUAUCGAACCAGUGUUGAUAAUUGAUCAGAAUCAAACCUCUGAUGAUAAUAUCUACAUUGGAGGAGCAAAUUCUGCUGCCCUAGUUGAAAGAGAUGGAAAGAAACAGUUACUACUUUGUUGUGAUUAUGGAAACCUAUUUGGUGAUCUGUCAAAUGGAACAAAGGAUUCCACUUUUACAAUAGAGAUUUCAAAUGGGAAUUUACUUAGAGACGGCUGUUGGUUAGGUGAUGGUAAACUUGUUGUUUCAAAUGAGCCAGAAUUGAACGUGUGUUAUUACAAUGAUGGCAAAUGGCAUGUCGAGUUUUCAUUGGAUAUUUCUGAUUUGACAACAGCCCAAAGGUUGCUUUAUGAUGAAAAUCCAUUCAGUUCUCUAUAG